GCGACCGGGGCUACCCGCCCUUCCCUCUGGCUCGCCCUCUGCAUUUUCCGGAGCAUGCUUCUUGACGAUCGCCUCUGCAGCAGCAGCAGCGGCGGCGGCGGCGGCGGCGGCAGAGGUAGCGUCGCGGUUCGGAGGUUCCAAGGGGGGACAUUUGAGCCUCGGCAUCCCGUCCACAGGUGGCUGGGCCGGAGCACCUGUGGUCGGCCCGUGGACACCCCGUUCCCGUGUGCUGUCACCUUCCGCGGCUGAGCUGAGUGGCCCACGGAGCUCAUCCCGUCGCGUGGACUUCCACAAGGGAGGGGGGGGGGGAGAGAAAAAAGCCCCCCAAUAUCAACGGGAAUGGCAUCGGUGGUGAGCUCGCUGGUCAUCGUCAGCCCGUCGUCGCAGUACUUCGAGCGCAGGGCCAUCAGCGGCAUCAGCCUGAUGCCCUCUCCCAAGCAGGCGGGGUCCUCCUGGCAGGCAGGCGACCGCAGCGACGCCAACAACAACGACGACGACGACGACAACAAGGGGGCAUUGGGCGCUACCUGCGACAGCAACUGCGCCGCCACCCAGCAGCCGCAGCGGCAGUCGGGAACGUGUGAUGGCGAGGCGUCCUCCCCAAGGCUCGACGAACAGGAACGCGUUGAGAAUGUGCCGGGGAACGAUGCAGAUGGACACAACAAGACACAGGCAAAGCCGGUGGCGACAGCGGCAUCAGCGUCAGUGGCAGCACCGUCGACAGCGGCGGCACCGGCGGCACCGGCCGCCGCGAGCUCCGACCUCCAAGCUCCAUCGCCUCCAUCUCCCGGCACCAGCUACACGGUGCAGAAGAAGAUCACGCUGCGUUCGGCACAUGGCGCGCCGCGGGCCCAGCCCGGCGCCCGCUGCAGCUCCGAGUCCGUGACGCUCUUCCUGCGCACGAGCGUCGCCGGAGCCGCCGUCGGCGGCACCGGGACGCCCCGGGCGGCGCGUCGCGACGUGGGGCCGCUCCCCGCCAGCGCCGCGUCGCGCAGCCGGAGCGGAGGCAGGAGAGACAGCGAGCGGCACGGCGGCGUCGCGGGCAAGAAGGACGACGGCGGGUAGCGGCGGCGGCGACGGCGACG